AUGAAACGAUUUCUUCGCCAGAGGCCCAACACAGAAGAAGUGGAUUCUAUCGCUAUAAGAAGCAGAGAGGUAUUUUCGGCCGCAAAAGUGUACAUGAGCGUGGGAGGCCGCAUGUAUUCCGGCGCACCGAUCCACUCCUCCUACAUCCCUGAUGUCGUGUUGGAGCACGCUCGAAACGUCACGGUCAAACUUCACCACAUGGUUGGCAGGUUCAUCAAACUCCAGCUCUACUUCGCCUCGAGGUGGCUUAUGAUCAGCGAAGUCUCUUUUGACUCAGGUAAAAAUUAUAGAAUUCUAUGGUAA